CACAUUACCCCUGCACCUGCAGACAUCAUUUCCCCUGCACCUGCAGACAUCAUUUCCCCUGCACCUGCAGACAUCAAUCCCCCUGCACCUGCAGACAUCAAUCCCCCUGCACCUGCAGACAUCAACCCCACUGCACCUGCAGACAUCAAUCCCCCUGCACCUGCAGACAUCAAUCCCCCUGCAGCUGCAGACAUCAUUCCCCCUGCACCCACAGCCCCCACCCAGUCUCAGGUGACGAUGACAACACCGGCUGAUAAGACACAGGAGAAGAAGGCAGAGGAUGUGGUGGGCGUGGAGGAAGAGGAGGAGGAAGAAGAAUAUGUGGUGGAGAAGGUCUUGAAUCGAAGGGUGGUGAAAGGAAGAGUGGAGUACCUUCUCAAGUGGAAAGGCUUUUCGGAGUGAGUUUACACAAUAAUAUCCGUAGUUUGUGGAUUGCUUGUAUUGACCAAUCAAAACACCACUUUCCCUCCAAUGCCGUUUUUGGGCUUAAUUAACACUGCCUGUAUGUUUAUUCAGUGACGACAACACAUGGGAACCAGAGGAUAAUUUGGACUGUCCCGACUUGAUUGCACAGUUUCUGCAGAAACAGAAAUCAGCUCAUGAGUCUGUGGGUAAGAGGAAAUCUGCAGAGACUAGCGUGGAAGGAGAGGAAAGUCGACCCAAGAAGAGAAAAGAUGACGUAAGUCCUAGAGACCGAAGCGUGUACACAGAUGGAAUCGUUUGUCUUUACUCUUUCACAUUGAUUGACUGUGAUUCACUGUGUUUUAGCCAGAGAAACUAAGGGGCUUCGCUCGAGGUUUGGAUCCAGAAAGGAUUAUUGGUGCCACUGACUCCACUGGAGAACUCAUGUUCCUCAUGAAAUGGUUUGUAUAGCCCUUAUCGCCCUAUUCAUUUUAAUUUAUUUUAACCUUUAUACUGCUUACUAGACCUAAUCAUGCAGCAGCAGCAUGUCAACUCAUGUUGUACAUACUGUGUACCUGUCAAUUCCCAAACAGCAUAGAUCAGCAUACAUUUCAAGCUAGUCUAUGCUGGUCAAGCUGGUCAAGCUGGUCUGACCAGCAUGCACUAGCUCAGGGGAAGGCAACUAGAUUAAGCCGCGGUACAAUUUUUGUAGGAGGGCCGGAACAUAAUAAUUUGUAAACUGCAAAUUGACCACAACUAAGCCCAUAAAGAGAUUGUAUUGAAAAUAACAAUCAUUCAUACCUUGAUUACAUUGAGACAUGAUCACCUCUUUUUUUUUUUUUUUUGUGGGAAUACUUGGGAACAGAUUUCCUAAAUUAAACACAUUUUAGCCGAAUUCCUGGUGAUUUUAGUCUUUUCUGACCAAAAACUAAAAUCCUUAACGCUUACCUUAACCAUUUUACAUUUCAACUUCAAUGGGGUGACUUUCCAAGGAUACCAGAUAGCAAGGACCUUUUUAGAAUUUAAAAGCUCAGCAAAGUUCAAAUGGGAAUACAAUGUCAGAUAUUUUGUUUAUUUAUACAACAGAUUAAUGUGAUAUCACUGUGCUUCAUCUAAUAGCAGAAACAAAUGACCUGGAUAGCAGUUGAGAUUACAUUAAAAGUCCAUGGUUUAAGUGAUCAAUGCCGUUCAAGAUUCUGCACUGAUUAUUACAGCAAUUGUGAAGAUCUCCACAGACCUGCGAUGACCUAUGCAUGCUAUCUUGAACAUGCACGCCUUAUAUGAUUACAUAAGAAGAAAUGUACAGUGCAGUCGGAAAGUAUUCAGACCCCUUUACUUUUUCCACUUUGUUACAUUACAGCCUUAUUCUAAAAUUGAUUAAAUAGUUUUUUUCCCCUUAUCAAUCUACACAUAAUACCCCAUAAUGACAAAGCAAAAAGAGGUUUAGAAAUUUUUGUAAAUGUAUUAAAAAUAAAACACAGAAAUAUCACAUUUUCAUAAGUAUUCAGACCCUUUACUCAGUACUUUGUUGAAGCACCUUUGGCAGCGAUUACAGCCUCGAGUCUUCUUGGGUAUGACGCUACAAGCUUGGCACACCUGUAUUUGGGGAGUUUCUCAAAUUCUCUGCAGAUCCUCUCAAGCUCUUUCAGGUUGAAUGGGGAGUGUCGCUGCACAUCUAUUUUCAGGUCUUGCCAGUGAUGUUCGAUCGGGUUCAAGUCCGGGCUCUGGCUGUGCCACUCAAGGACAUUCAGAGACUUGUCCCGAAGCCACUCUUGCAUUGUCUUGGUUGUGUGCUUAGGGUCGUUGUCCUGUUGGAAGGUGAACCUUCACCCCAGUCUGAAAAACAUCCCCACAGCAUGAUGUUGCCACCACCAUGCUUCCCCGUAGGGAUGGUGCCAGGUUUCCUCCAGACGUGACACUCAGCAUUCAGGCCAAAGAGUUCAAUCUUGGUUUCAUCAGACCAGAGAAUCUUGUUUCUCAUGGUCUGAGAGUCCUUUAGGUGCCUUUUGGCAAACUCCAAGUGGGCUGUCAUGUGCCUUUUACUGAGGAGUGGCUUCCAUCUGGCACUCUACCAAAAAGGCCUGAUUGGUGGAGUGCUGCAGAGAUGGUUGUCCUUCUGGAAGGUUCUCCCAUCUCCAGAGGAACUCUGGAGCUCUGUCAGAGUGACCAUCAGGUUCUUGGUCACCUCCCUGACCAAGGCCCUUCUCCCCCGAUUGCUCAGUUUGGCCGGGCGGUCAGCUCUAGGAAGAGUCUUGGUGGUUCCAAACAUCUUCUAUCUAAGAAUGAUAGAGACCACUGUGCAGACAUUUUUUGGUACCCUUCCCCAGAUCUGUGCCUUCAACAUAAUCCUGUCUCGGAGCUCCAAUUCCUUCGACCUCAUGGCUUGGUUUGCACUGUCAACUGUGGGACCUUAUAUAGACAGGUGUGUGCCUUUCCAAAUCAUGUCCAAUCGAUUUAAAUUUACUACAUGUGGACUCCAAUCAAGUUGUAGAAACAUCUCAAGGAUGAUCAAUGGAAACAGGAUGCACCUGUUUCGAGCUCAAUUUCGAGUCUCAUAGCAAAGGAUCUGAAUACUUAUGUAAAUAAUGUAUUUCUGUUUUUUAUUUUUAAUAAAUUGGCACCAAAAAAAUUAUUGAAUCCAUUUUAGAAUAAGGCUGUAACAUAACAAAAUGUGGAAAAAGUCAAGGGGUCUGAAUACUUUCAGAAUGCAUUGUAUAAUUACAGUAACCUCAAUGUGACCAUGGCUAUUUACUGUAUUACAAAAAUGUAUAUUGAAUUGUUUGGUUGACAACAAAAUAUCAACAUUUAAAGGAGAUUUAUGUACUGCUUGGAUAGGUCCGUCUGAGCUACAGGCUUAAUCCCAUUCUUUAACUUUUUGUUGGAGAUAUGAAUCCAACAUAUUAUUUGUUAACUUGUCGACAAGUUAAUAGGCUGUUUAUUGUAUAUCAGAAGUGAUAUUGAAUUGUGUUUGGUUGUCUGCGCAUCCAAAUAUUAACAUUUGAAGGAGAUUUAUCUUCUGCUUGGAACUAUCCAAGCAUUUGAUCCUCCUUCAAAUAUUGAUAUUUGGUUGCGUUGACAACCAAACACAAUUCAAUAUCACUAAAUAUCAUUACACUUUAAAUCAACCAGAGCUUGAAACCCUAGGCCUAUUAUAUUGUCUAUUUUUUAAAAAUUCUGGGUUGAAGUCAAACAAUUGUUGUUGAUGACUUUGUAAAUGCUAUAUACUGUAGACUUAAAUAGCAUAAUUGAUAAAGUAUGGUCACAUUUCAUUUUCUCUGUUAAACCUACCCUUUGGAAUGACUUACAUUUACAUUUUAGUCAUUUAGCAGACGCUCUUAUCCAGAGCGACUUACAGGAGCAAUUAGGGUUAAGUGCCUUGCUCAAGGGCACAUCGACAGAUUUUUCACCUAGUCGGCUCGGGGAUUAGAACCAGUGACCUUUCGGUUACUGGCACAACGCUCUUAACCACUAAGCUACCGACUUCAAUAGCAAUAGUGAAUCUAUUUCAUUCUUAAGUGGAGAUCUCUCAACAAUCAUUCUCACGAUAGCACAUUGUUAAUAGUCAGUGAUAAAUAUCAACGCUGGGUUGGGCUUGGUUAAAGCCUUGGAUGGGAGACCAAAGGGCAGCUGUAGAUAGAUACAUUAUCCAGUAGGAGGUGCUUCCCAGACAAUUUUUUUCUGAUUUAAAAUUUGACAUUGUUUUAAAGGUACAAAUUCAACAUAUUUUAUACACUGUUUCUGUAGAAAUUUGGUUACCGUGAUGCCAUAAUCCUGUAGUUGAAAUUUCACCCUCUUACUUUUUUUUCAAAUCCAAUGUAUUUUCCAUGUAGAUUCCACAUCACAAUAAGUUGUCAAAUUACGUUAAAACAACGUUGAUUCAACCAGUUGGUGCCCAGUGGGAUGCCUUAAAUAAUUAAGCACUUUGAUGCUGGUUUUGCUGGUGAUCAGCAAAUGCUGGUAUGCAGCAUCACCAGCACAAACUGGUCACCAGCAUUAGUGUCCAAAACCCAACGAAGGCUGGUCAAUGCUGUUUUUUUCAGCAGGGUAUGCAUCAAUGAAAACAACAAUAGUGGAUCCAUUGCCUUCAUCUCCUCAUUCCCUGCAUCCUGACCUACAGAUGCGGUCAAAUAUAUUGGGCACCCUUGCAGUUUGCAAUGGAGCAGGAUGAUGUUUUUUUCUUUAAAAAACUGGUUAAAUUGCCAUUUUUACCCUGUAGGCACCUGCAAUUUAUGAGAAUCAUUGCCUCCAACCUAGUUAAUUUUAACUUUGAAUAAUUUAGUACAGGUCAUUUUACUGUUUUUCUUUUCUUGGUCCUGUGCAGUGGUAAAUCAAACAAAUACACAUGUAAACACCAAAUGUUUUUUCAAUUUAUUUUAGAUGAAACAAUCAUGCAAGGGUGCCAAUAUAUUUGACCACAUCUGUAUGCUUCAUGGCGUCACUACAAUCCCUGAACUAGCCUCAACCCUCUACUUAAGUACUCAUCCAACUCGUGGUUCUCUCCACACGGCCUGUUCUUGUAGGAAAAACUCUGAUGAAGCAGACCUGGUACCAGCUAAGGAGGCAAACGUGAAGUGUCCACAGGUGGUCAUAUCCUUCUAUGAGGAGCGGCUUACGUGGCACUCUUACCCCACCGAGGAGAAGGAGGACGACAAGAACUAGCCGUUUUUGGUGUAAAGCUGGUUCUGAAGACUAUAGAGGUAGUGCAAGGGCGUAUGGGUUCUAGGCAGAGGGUCUUAAAAAGCAAGAUAGCAUUUGGACUCCCUUUUUGGCUUAAUAUCACCCAUCAGGUUAAACUCUUAUCUGGAUAUGAUCAGUCAAUACAGGCUAUGGGUUAUCUUGAGGAAACACAACCCUGGAAGAAAUGUAUAAUGCAGUGUUAAUUUUUUAAGAUUCACUUCAGUGAUGGUUUAUUUGGAUUCUACAAGAUCAUUUUCACACGGCACUUGACUAAGAGGUCCAGACCUUUUUGCUAUGACAGUACUGUAUAGGCUGGUGGAGAUGUGUUAUCAUUCAUAGUGUUGUAAACAGGAGAAUGGUGCCAUUGUCUUUUAACGUAAAUGUUUUGUAGCUUUUAGUGCAAAACGAUGUUAAUCUGUGCUCAUUUUGUGACUGUUUUAUUAGUGUAUUAAGGUUACUUUUUUUUUGGAAAACCAUAUCUCUUUUUACUUUGCUCAUUCGUCCAUCUUAUCAUUCUAACAUUUUCAUAAACAGAACUUGCUUGUCUGUUUUUGGAGAAUAAACAACUUUUUGUUACAGUUGUCUCAGUCUGACAGAAAUAGCUUCAAGUUUGUGUAAAUAGUUGGAUAGCUACAUUUAAGGCCUGAUGUAUUUAUCGAGUGGCGCAGCGGUUUAAGGCACUGCAUCUCAGUGCUU